AUGCCUCAGAGAAAGCAACCUAAAAAGGGAGUUAGAUCUGCCGUCAAGCCCAGGCAGGCUCCCUCCAAAAAGGCAAACCCCAACCCAACUGGACCACCCAGGGCACAGGAUGUGGUCCAGAGACAACAAGGCCAGCCAAUGGAGGGAAACAACAACACGGGCCAGCGUCUUCACCAGCUGCUCGCUGAAAAGCAGCAGUUUCACCACUUGGCCAACAGCCAGAAGGCCAGAAUCUCCAAGCUGGAGGAACUUCUGAUGGCCCAGAACAGGCAGAUAAAAGAGCUGCAAGAACAGCUGCAGCACAAGAACCAAGAAACGGUCAACCAGCAAGACCAGGCCUCCUCACAAAGCCAGGCUCCAGCCAAGACAUGGGCUAGCGUGGUAAAAGGCUCCAGCUCCUACAAAGUGGUUAAAGGUGAGGACCAGGUCAAAGAGCAGCCCGUCCAAACAGUCGACCAGGCCUCCCCACUGACCCAGACUGUGCUUACGACAUGGGACCACGUCCUGCGUUGUCAGAAAGAGGUCAGAGAGCAGCUGAUGCUGAGAGACGAUGCCAUCUCAAGCCUCAAACUUGAAAAUGAGCGUCUCUCUGCAAUGCUGCAGCAAGAUAAAAGCCUCCAGGGAGAAGACGAGCAAAAAGAGAAGGAGGUACUGAAGGUGGAAAUCCAGGUGAUGGAGGACAAAAACAAAAGAUUCCAGGAAGAUUACACCAAACUGCAGGAGUGUAACACUAAAGUCCAGGAAGAUUUCACCAACCUGCAGGUUCAUAACACCGGACUCCAGGACGACAAAAACAAAGUGGAAGAAAGGGCAAAAGAACUGGAGGAGCAGAUUCAUGUGAUGCAGGAGAACAAUCCUCUGAAGGAGGACAUUUGCCGUAUGGACACAUACAUUAAUGAACUCCUUCAAGAAAAGGCCUGCUUCAUUGACCAGACUCACGACAGCGACAGCCGAAUCAAGAGUCUGGAGGACGAGCUGCUGAAAAACUCUGAGAUUCAGACCAAUGUUGAGUCUUUAAAGGAGCAGCUCUCCGUCAAAGACAUCGAACUCCGUAGAGUCAGCGAUGUCAACGAGGAGCUCUCUGCGAAGCUCUUACGUGCUGAGGAGAAGCUGGUGGAAAUGAAUGAGGAGCUCCAUAAAAUAGACGCCACCUGGAAAACUGAGCACAGCACCGCAGAGCAGCUCAGAAAAAAUGUUGCCCGGCUCGAGCAGGAGAUUCAAGAAAUGCUCAAAAAGCUACAGCAGCAUGAGGACAGCAACAAAGACCUGCUGCAGAAAGUCCAGGAGUAUGAGCAAAAGACGGCGGAGAAGAAGAAAAAGAGCUGCUGGGGCUGGCUCAAGCCAAAGAAGAAGCGCGACAGGAAGAUGGAGGAGGCUGCUGAUU